AUGGCAGCGGCAACGAAUAGUAGUGAGUUGUUUCGUGCAUGUCGUGAUGGUGAUGUAACUACUGUCGAACGUUUACUUCCUCUUACUUCUACUGAUAUUUUAAAUCGACUAGAACCAAAUGGAAGUUCUUGUCUUCAUGUUGCUUGUGCUAAUGAUCAUUUAGAAAUUGUUCGCCUUCUGCUCGACUAUGGUUCAUCUCGUCAAAUAAGAGAUAACAAUGGUCAUAUUCCUUUAGAUUUAGUAAAAACAAAAGAAAUUACUGAAUUAUUUCCUCGUCCAGACGCAGCAGCAGCAGAACGUUAUGGUGUAAAUCCCACGAAGCAAAUUGAAUGGCUAUUGGGUCAAGAUUAUGCUGAAGCACUUACACGUGCUGUUGCAUGGGGAUGUGUUAAGGAUCGUGGUAUAAAAAAAACAGUGAAAAAAAUUAAAAAAGCUGGUAUAUUAAACGAUGAUGAAUCGAAAGAAAGUAAAUUAGUUAAAUUUUAUUUAAAUGAAGCAAUAGAAAAAAAUGAUCCAACAUUUUUUUUGAAAAUCUAUACAAUAGAAGGACCAUUCUUCAGUAAUUUUAAUCGAUAUAUGACAGAAGGUAGUAGAAAACAAGUAUAUAAAAAAUUAUGUGGUAAAUGGAGUGGUUAUUAUACUGGUGCCAUUAUGAAUAAUCCUGCACUUAAAUGCUAUCGUUUUUCUGGAAUAACCUAUCGAGGUAUGCAGAUAACUCUAAAAGAUUUUGAAAAAUACAAAGUUGGUGUUGCUUUAACAAAUAAAGCAUUUCAAUCGACAUCAAAAUUAAGAAAAAUUGCUUUA